UUUAAGAUGGCCGGCAUUAGUUAAAAAGUUAGAGCCUUCUUAUGGAAGCGGACUUAGAGUUUAUAUAAAAUUCGUAUAAAGUUUACCACUGUGACUUGAAAAACCUCAUUGAAAUACCAUAGCUUUUACAAAAUUAAAAUUAACAAUUAUAAAAAAACAAUAAAAGUAGAAACGAAGUGAAAUAAUUAUUUCGUUGUAAUAAAUUUACAACAUAAAACGUAACGGAAUUUUGGUUUUUUAUAAUUUGCAAAGGCAGCAACGUUUUCAAGAUGUACCGCAAUAAUACUGAUAUACCAGAUGGUGCACUUCGCCACCAAUUAUAUGGAUUUAACGAUGUGGAAUUAAAUGAUAUGCGUAAUACAUUUACGGAUGCCACAAACCCAUUUCCAUCACCGGAAUUAUCACCAACAUCGCCAAAUGCACCAUUUCAGUUUUUCUCUUCGAAUGUCAUCGGUAUGCCAUUCGGUACAUCUGAUGCCUAUAAUCAAAAUCAAGUGGGACUUGGCAGAUCGACAAUUAGCGAAACAGAUUCAAGUUCUUCAUUAUCGAGUUAUUCUAGCAACCAACAUUUCAAUCGCUUCUUGUCUCAACAAUCGGAAAUGAGCGCUUCACAACAACAACAGCCACAGCAACGUUUGCAACAACAGCUAAAUUUAACUGGCGCAUUCGCUCAGCCACAAAUAUCGGUUAGUCCAACCACUGGCAAUCAUCAGCAACAGAAAGAUGACAUAUCCAAAUCUCUUCAAAUGUUUGCAUAUAAAAUGGCAUGCAAGUCAGAACAAGAACAAAUUCAACAGCAAACACCUAAGGCAAAUGACUUAAUGCAAGAUUUCUCCUACAAUGGUUUUACUACCGAUGAUUGUUUCCAAUAUCAAUAUCAAUACCCAACAAUGCAUCCAACAGAGGAUGCUAAUAAGAACAUUGGAUUUGAUGUCAUUAAUAGUAAUUAUUCGUAUGGGAUCUCUGAGGCGCACAGCAACAUCUGGAAAAUGAAACCAACUCAACAGUUAACGAAGUCUAAUGUUCAGGCAUCUAACUUUCAGCCAGCUAAAGAACCGCGUGCUAUAAGUAUUGGAGUUGCUGCUGCGUCUAUGUCGAAUUCCGUUGGUGUUGCUCCAAUCAAAAAGGUUGAUAAUAGUAACAAUUAUAACAAGAGAAUACAAAAACGAUUCAACGCUGCUAAACAUUCUGUAAAUUCGGUAAUUAAGCAUUGCGUUUUCUGCGAAAAUAACAAUGAACCAGAAGCAGUUGUGAAAAGCCAUGCCGUGCGCGAUUCACUUGGUAGGGUUCUUUGUCCAAAAUUGCGUACAUAUAUUUGUCCAAUAUGUAAGGCAUCAGGUGAUGAGGCACACACAGUUAAGUACUGCCCACAAAAACCAAUAGUCACCAUGGACGACGCUAUUAAGGCACAAGCGUUCCGUUUGGCUAAAGGAGGCUUUUACAAACAACAGAUGAAGGUUUAAAUAAGGAAUGAAAAAUAUCCUCAAAUCAAAUAUAUGUACAUAAAAAACAAAACUAUCUCAAAAACAAUUAGUUUUGCACUUAAUGUGCAUUCGUUAUUUUUUUUUUUUUUAAAUGUACAAAAGUACAUUACGUUCAAGAAAACACAUUUUAUACCUUUUAUCACUAAAUUAAUUCAAUUAAUUUAACAGGAUUAUUCUUGAUCAAAGCAAAGCAUUUUUAUUU